AUCCAGGUAGAAACCACAGAAUUCUGUGGAAAUAUCAGGCACCUGUCCCAAAACCACUAAAAAUUCCAAAACAAUGCCCAAAAAUCCUCUUUUUGGAGCGUUUUCUGGUGGGCUUUGGGUGUUCUCUCGCUGAUUUUGUGCCAGAUUUUGGGGAUAAAUCAGCUCUGAGCUCUGGAAUUCUUUGGGAAUCUCCCRUCCCGCAGGGCCUGAUCGCCGCCCACGACCAGUUCAAGUCGACGCUGCCGGACGCGGACAAGGAGCGGGAGGCGAUCCUGGGGAUCCAGCGGGAGGCACAGCGGAUCGCCGACCUGCACGGGAUCCAGCUGCCCGGGAACAACCCCUACACCUCGGUCACGCCCCAGAUCAUCAACUCCAAGUGGGAGCGGGUGCAGCAGCUGGUGCCCAAGCGGGACCAGGCACUGCAGGAGGAGCAGAACCGGCAGAAUUCCAACGAGCACCUGCGGAGGCAGUUCGGGAGCCAGGCCAACCGCGUGGGGCCCUGGAUCCAGACCAAGAUGGAGGAGAUCGGCCGGAUCUCCAUCGAGAUGAACGGCACGCUGGAGGAUCAGCUCAGCCACCUCAAGGAGUACGAGGAGAACAUCGUGGAGUACAAACCCAACCUGGAGCUGCUCGAGCAGCAGCACCAGCUCGUGCAGGAGGCGCUGAUCUUCGACAACCAGCACUCCAACUACACCAUGGAGGUGGGAAGGGAAGGAUGGGUGGGAACACCAGGGGGGAAUCCCAGCGGAUUCUGGCACUGGGAAAGCGCCGGAACCGUGGAAAAGCUCCAGAAUUCCCAGAGAAAAGGCUGUGGAAUGAGCAGAAAAGGCCCUGGAAUUGUCGGGGAAGGGCCGGAAUUCCCGACCGUGCCUCUCCCUCCUCAGGGUGACGCAGAAUUCCAGCGGAUCAUGGCCGUGGUGGAUCCCAACGGCAGCGGCASCGUGACAUUCCAGGCCUUCAUCGACUUCAUGUCACGGGAGACGACGGACACGGACACGGCGGAGCAGGUGAUCAACAGCUUCCGCGUCCUGGCCGGGGACAAGAAUUACAUCACGGCAGCCGAGCUGCGGCGGGAGCUGCCGGCGGCGCAGGCCGAGUACUGCAUCGCCCGCAUGGCGCCGUACCCCGGCCCCGACGGCGUCCCGGGAGCCCUGGACUACAAAUCCUUCUCCACCGCGCUGUACGGCGAGAGCGACCUCUGACCGGGACCCCCGGGACCCCCGGGACCCGCCCGCCCCCCCCGCCUCCUACUAUGCAACAGUUGAUUGAUCUUGGGAUAUUUCGGGAUGCCGUUCCCACUUUUCCUCGGGCUCGGGGGGCUCUCGCCUCCCGCGGGGCCUCGCAGCGCCCGGAAAUGGUUAUUUUUGGUAACGAGAGA